CGGGGUUACCCCUCGUUCACAGCCCACGUGUGCUCGGGGUUCCCAGCGGGCGCUGUGGGCAGCCGGACCAGUCGCCUUUGGUUCUCUCUUCUCCCUCCGUAUCCUUAAAAUAAGUGUAUUCGUGUUGCGGGGGUGAAGGUUAAUUAAUUGACCUUGACAGUGAAGCUGCUCGAAGCGCUAAAUGUUCCCGUGCUUCGGCUUGGUCACCCGUGGCUUCAUAAUUUCCUGUGGACCCCCUUGCGUUCAAAGGAUACGGACACAAAUGCAUUGGGAGCAGCGUUAACCCAGCCAGUGUGUAAAAAUAGCAGGGUCCCUGCGAGGUCUGCAGUGCGAUUUUGGCUUGAGGAGUGUUUGAUGUGUACAGCUCGCUUGGAAGCACUGGGAGCAAGGGAUAAAAUCUCCCUUCUUGUGCUUCCUGCCCUUCCCUAUGUCUACAUUUAAAGGCAGACUCAAUGCCCAUAACCAAAGAGUUUGUUUUCCUGAGACUUUGCCCCAUUUGCCUCAAGUCCCUUGGCUCUAAACACGACUUUCAGCUCACUGCCCUUCCCCCUCUUCCAAAGCUGCACAACUCAGGCCACAUCUGGUGGUUGGGUUUGUCACCCGUUUUCCUGGACUCAGCUGCAGAUUUUUAAGAUGUUUCUGUUCCAGGUGACCAAGCUGCUCUUUUGUAGGAAAUCACCCCGGCAGAGCAAGCAGGAUUAAAGAGCGUGGCUUUGGCUGGGCAGCCAGGCUGGGGAGGUGGGCCUGAGGCUGGACUAAGGGUCUGGGCUGUGAUGUCUGGCAUUCCUGCACUGGACAGUGCAAAAGCAGUGAGCACUCAAAAAACAAUGGGGUGUUUCAGGCACAGAUCAGCUCCAGGUUUUCAGUUUUCCCUGAGAUACAGAUGCACAAUACUCAAGAGGGAUUUUGUCAGUCCUUCUCCAAAAAUGCCCGGCUGGUGAGCACAUGCCGCUCUUUGUCAUGCUGUUUUUGGUACAGGACUUGUGUUUUGCAGGCAAUGAGUGGCAGUGAGCAGGACUGGCUGGCUCUCAGACCCCGGGAACCUUCUCCAUCCCAGUGCUGCGGCGGCGGCUGCAAACCCUGCAUCUAUGACGUGUACGAGAAGGAGCUUGCACAAUGGGAGAGGGCCAAGGCAAAGCAAGACAAAAGCCUUCUCACAGAAAAGAGGGAGCAGGUCAAUUUACCUCCAUCACAUCCUGGAGCCUGUGCUUUGAUGAGCAGUAAUUCAGUGCUGAAUCCAGAUACAUUCACUGCAUUCAGCGUGAGCUCGGUGGAGCAGCUGACAGAGGACACCUACCAGUACAAAUUUGAAUUACCGGGAAACAGCAGCUUGCAAUUGAGUUUAGGACAACAUAUCGUGUUAAGGGGAGUGGUGAAUGGUUUGGAGGUCCAGCGAGCCUAUACUCCAAUCAGCCCUGGGAAUGCAGAAGGUUAUUUUGAAGUUCUAAUUAAAUGCUAUGAAGCUGGGCUGAUGUCACAAUACAUAAAAACGUGGAAAAAAGGAGACAUGGUCUUUUGGCGUGGGCCGUUCGGAGGGUUCCCAUAUCAACCUAAUAAGUAUGGAGAACUCCUCAUGCUGGCUUCUGGCACCGGCCUUGCACCAAUGCUUCCCAUCCUCCAGUCCAUAACAGAUAAUGAAGAGGAUGAAACCUUUGUAACUCUUGUUGGCUGCUUCCCUACUUUUGACAAAAUUUAUUUGAAACCUCUUCUGCAGGAUUUGGCUCGGUACUGGAACAUCAGAAUAUUUUAUAUCCUAAGCCAGGAAACUUCACUGGAAAAACUUCCUUGGAGCUAUCAAGAAAACACAUAUACUGGUCGUCUCAAUGAAGACUUGAUGAAGACAAUAAUAAAUUCCUGUCGAAGAAGGCCAUUUGUAUUAAUCUGUGGCUCUUCUGCAUUCAAUGAAGAUAUGACUAGAUACUUGAAAGCUGCAGGAAUUGAAGAAAAUUCCUGUUUUGUCUUUUAGCUGGAUAUUCCUGACCUGAGGAACCUUAGCCCAAGCCUUGGACGUCCUUGUUUCUCUGCAGACAUUGCACAAAAUGGGUCAGCUCUGUACACUGAGUUCCUUGGACAUACAUCUUCAUAGGCCUUUCAAUCAACUAUUUGUCUCCAGUAUGAGUCUCACUAUGGAGUGUUUUAAGGACUGCGUGCCAUUCCAGAGUGGCUGCUACAAGGUGUGUCACCCACACCUGAGGGAACAGUGUGGUAAUUUUAAUGGAAAUCUUCAAGCGCAGUUUUAAGAGAGAGAUCUCCUAAGGGGGUACUAAAACCAUCUACAUGCAGGUCUGCUCUAAAAUGGGGACCAGGGACUUGCUUUGCAAUCCAUGUUAUUCUGCAGUGGUAUUGUGCCCUCUUAAGUGUCCAGAGGAGAGAUUUAAUCCUCAGGGAGAAGACUGCCUGGCCAAGGGAACAGCAGAGCACUGGCCUGGCAGUCUGGAGUCUGUGGGCUUCAUUUUGGUUCUGUCAUGUGCUGGGUGAUGUCAGGCAAGUCACUUCAACCUCUCUGUGCCUCAGUUGCCCCAUUAUACACUAAUACAGAGAAGGUGGCACUGAUUUUCUCUGAAAACAACCUUUCCAACCAUAUAUGGAAAAACUGUCCAUAAGGGUGGAUAGUGAUGCCUAGUGAGGACUUAGCAGGCUGAGCUCCUGCCCUGACACAGCCUGCAUUACCUACCCUGUCCUUAACCCUUGAAAUGCUGCCUGGGAAGACAAAGAGUAUGUCCUAAAACUGAGAGAACGUAACUGGGUUGUGGCUGCUAUUUGUCAAGGAGGAUGGGUGUUUGCUGGUGUUUGCUUUCCAUGUCCCCUAAGUGUUGUAUCAUAGCCCUGGCUCAUUAAAUUGAACCUCUUUUCAAAUAAA